AUGCGAAACAGUUGUGCGAAAAGAAAGAUGGUAACUGUGCUGAGCAUUGAUGGAGGUGGCAUUAGAGGCAUAAUUCCAGGCACUCUUCUUGCCUUUCUUGAAUCCAAGCUUCAGGAGCUGGAUGGACCAAAUGCAAGAAUUACAGAUUAUUUCGACAUCGUUGCAGGAACAAGCACUGGUGGGUUGGUAGCCACGAUGCUUACAGCCCCGAGCAAGGAAAACAGACGACAACCCAUGUACGAGGCAAAGGACAUCAACAAAUUCUAUUUGGAGCACUCCCCCAAGAUAUUCCCUCAGGACAGCAAUAAUCCAUCGACGGCUGGACCAAAGUACGAUGGAAUAUACCUAAGGUCAUUGAUAAACCAGUUACUAGGAGACAUUACUAUAAAGCAGACAUUGACUGAUGUGGUUAUACCAACUUUCGACAUCAAGCUCCUUCAGCCAGUGAUCUUCUCAACAAAUGAUGCGAAAGUAAAUGCUUGGAAAAAUGCUAGGCUAGCAGAUGCCUGCAUCGGUACCUCUGCUGCUCCUACUCUUCUACCAGCAUAUUACUUUGAAACUAAGGAUUCCAAUGAGAAAAUCCACACAUUUAAUCUCAUCGAUGGUGCAGUUGCUGCAAACAACCCUACUCUAAUAGCUAUUAGCCAUGUUUGGAUGGAGAUAAUGAAGAAAAAUGCGGAUUUUAUUGAUAUUGAACCUAUGGACAGCAAGAGGAUGCUUGUGCUAUCACUUGGCACUGGUACUGCCCACAUGGAUGCACCAAAGUAUGAUGCGGUUACAGCCAAUAAUUGGAGCAUGUCAGAUUGGAUCUUCCGUAAUGGAAAUACACCACUUCUUGAUUCUUGUUGGCACGCAAGUUCUGAUAUGGUUGAUUUUCAUGUGUCUGCUCUCUUCCAAUGCAGUAGGUGCAAUGAAAAUUAUCUCCGCAUUCAGGAUGACACAUUGACGGGUGACGCAUCAACAGCUGACGUUGCGACCGAGGAGAAUUUGCAAAAACUUGUGGAGAUUGGAAACAAGCUGUUAAAGAAACGAGCUUCAAAGCUGAAGCUGAAUUUCGAGACUGGCCAGUUAAAGGAAGCUGAGGGAGGGCAUACAAAUGAAGAAGCCCUUGCCAAAUUUGCCAUGAAGCUCCAUGAACAGCGAAAUUUUCGGCUAGGCUUGUAA